GGCUUUCAGGGAAAUUCAGUUUGAAACGUUAACUUGAACCUCUUCCCUCCCUCUCGUGUUUGCUUUCGUUGCCAAGUACUUGAGAGGACGACACGACAGUGUCGUCAAUAAUAUGGACAACACAAACACGAAACAUAGUUUAACGUCGUUUUCCUUUUGUCUCUGUUCUUGUUUCUUCGCACGCUUCGAAUUCUCGCUCGGACGAUGCCGUGUUUGGUUUGCUCUCACUUCCACUUUUUCUUCGUCUAGUUGUUGAUGGAAAUGGAAGGCGCUGACGUGGCAACCGAAGUCGUCGAAACGACGACGAAUCGAGCUGAACAGAAGAAUGAGAGUUUGAGAACGGAGAUUGAUACUUCGGCACCCUUUGAAUCGGUGAAGGAAGCCGUUACCAGGUUCGGUGGUGUUGGUUAUUGGAAACCUAUUCACAAUAAGAUUGCGUGUCUCGCUUCUCAUUCUCAGCCGCACCACGUAGAAGAGCACAAUGCUGAAAAACUGGAGGAGCAGGCAGCAGUGUUGGAGAAAGAACUGAUCCAGAAAGAAAGGGAAACUCUUGAUGUGUUGAAAGAAUUGGAAAGUGCCAAAAGGCUUGUUGAAGAUUUGAAAUCAAAGCUACUGAAGGAAGAGGCUGAAGUGAAUUUGAAUCUUCAGAUGAGCAUAUGUGAUCAAACAUCAGCUGUGGAGCAGAAAGAAAAAAAGGUUCUUCAUCCUUCAAGGGAAUGCUUUAUCCCCAACCCUUCUUCUGCUCCAGGUUUAAUACUAAUGGAAUUGAAGCAGGCCAAAUUGAAUUUAACCAGAACUACUAAUGAUCUUGCUGACGUGCGAGCUUCUGUGGAAUCACUUAAUAAGAAGUUAGAGAAGGAAAGAAUCUCACUUGAGAAAACGCGCGAGAGGCUAACACAUAAUUCAUCGAAAAUUAUUUCUCUUGAAGAAGAAUUGAACCAGACCAAACUAAGGCUGCAAGUAGUGAAAGAUGUUGAAACUAAAGGUGCUUUGGAUGAUCCUUCAGUUGUUACGAGAGAGCUCCAGCGAUUGAGUUCUGAGGCCGAGAAUUUCAAAAGGGUGGGAGAAUCAGCAAAAUCAGAAGUUUUGAUAACAAUGUCUGAGAUUGAACACACAAAAGCAAUGAUAAGAACUGCAGAAAUCAGAUUAGUUGCAGCCAGAAAAAUGAAGGAAGCUGCUAGAGCUGCAGAGGCCUUUGCCCUUGCAGAAAUUAAUGCUUUAUCUAAUCAAAAGACAAAUCAGAUCACUCUUUCAUUAGAAGAGUAUACUGCUCUAACAUGCAAAGCUCAAGACGCCGAGGAACAAUCUAAGAAGAGAGUUCAAGUUGCAAUGCUCGAAGUUGAGGAAGCGAACUGGUCAAACAUGGACAUCUUGAAAAGGGUAGAAGAAGCCACGGAAGAAGUUAAAAACAGCAAGAAGGCCCUUGAAGAAGCAUUAGAAAGGGUAGAGGCUGCAAAUAGGGGCAAGCUAGGAGUUGAAGAAGCUUUAAGGAAUUAUUCUAUGCAUAACUCUACCAAGUUCAAGAACUCUUAUCCGUCUCAGCUUGAGAGAGAUUCGGGAUUACUUGAUGUAAAUGGAGUGCAUCUGGUAAAUGAUGAAGUUGAAGACAAUCCAGUUCUAAAGCCAACCCUAUCAAUAGGUCAAAUACUUAGCAGGAAGCUGCUUCAACCACAAGUGUUAGAAGCUGGAGAAAGAAUCACACUGAAACGGAAUGUGUCAAUGUCACUGGGUCAAGUGCUUAGCAAACAAAAUGAUGAUCAAUUUAUUAAGAAGCUAGUUGAGAAAGAAAAUGGCCAGAAGCUGUUUUCUGCCAAGAGAAAGAAAUUUGGAUUCGCCCGAUUCUCACUUCUUCGGUCCAAACAGCAGAAGAAAAAGAAGAGGCCAACUCUGAAUUUGAGGUGAUAUAUUGGUUGUUCAAUUUGCCUUUCCAUCUUACCCUCACAAGAGUUAGACUCUAUUUGCAUCUUCUAUUAGUUUUCAUCUCAUUACCUUAUUGUGCCUGCUUGUAUAUUUAUUAACUACCUAGUUAGUAAUGCACACUUCCUUUGCCUUCCUAUGCUAGUUGUAGAGAUUAUUCAUAUGAUUCAUACCUAGUUUAUUUGCCUAAUUUUUUACUCGUUUAUAUAAAAAGGCAUUGAUACUUUAG